GCCGAGCGCAGGGAUGCGGCUGAGGGAGCCCCGGCCGAGGAGCAGCUUCAGGCGCGCGCUCUAGCCCCUCGCUGUGAGGGGCGGUCUGGCGGCGACAGGAUUUCCCUCGGCAGGCGCGCGAUGCAGCGGGCGGCGGCGCUGGUCCGGCGGGGCUGCUGCCCCCGGACCCCGGGCCCCUGGGGCCGUAGUCAGAGCAGCGCGGCCGCCGAGGCCUCGGCCGUGCUCAAGGUGCGGCCCGAGCGCAGCCGGCGCGAGCGCAUCCUCACGCUGGAGUCCAUGAACCCGCAGGUGAAAGCGGUGGAGUACGCGGUGCGGGGACCCAUCGUGCUCAAGGCUGGCGAGAUCGAGCUGGAGCUGCAGCGGGGUAUCAAAAAACCGUUCACUGAGGUCAUCCGAGCCAACAUCGGGGAUGCCCAGGCCAUGGGCCAGCAGCCAAUCACCUUCCUCCGACAGGUGAUGGCACUCUGCACCUACCCAAACCUGUUGGACAGCCCCAGCUUUCCAGAAGAUGCUAAGAAACGAGCCCGGCGGAUCCUACAGGCCUGUGGCGGGAACAGCCUGGGGUCUUACAGUGCUAGCCAGGGUGUCAACUGCAUCCGUGAAGAUGUGGCUGCCUACAUUACCAGGAGAGACGGCGGCGUGCCUGCAGACCCAGACAACAUUUACCUGACCACUGGAGCUAGCGACGGCAUUACGACAACCCUGAAGAUCCUCGUCUCUGGGGGCGGCAAGUCCCGGACGGGGGUGAUGAUCCCCAUCCCGCAGUAUCCCCUCUACUCGGCGGUCAUCUCUGAGCUCGACGCCGUCCAGGUGAACUACUACCUGGAUGAGGAGAACUGCUGGGCCCUGAACGUGAACGAGCUCCGGCGGGCAUUGCGGGAGGCCAAAGACCACUGUGACCCCAAGGUGCUCUGCAUCAUCAACCCCGGGAACCCCACAGGCCAGGUACAAAGCAGAAAGUGCAUAGAAGAUGUGAUUCACUUUGCCUGGGAAGAGAAGCUCUUUCUCCUGGCUGAUGAGGUAUACCAGGACAAUGUGUACUCUCCGGACUGCAGAUUCCACUCCUUUAAGAAGGUGCUCUACGAGAUGGGGCCCGAGUAUUCCAACAACGUGGAGCUCGCCUCCUUCCACUCCACCUCCAAGGGCUACAUGGGCGAGUGUGGAUACAGAGGGGGCUACAUGGAGGUGAUCAACCUGCACCCCGAGAUCAAAGGCCAGCUGGUGAAGCUGCUUUCAGUACGCCUGUGCCCGCCGGUGUCUGGGCAGGCUGCCAUGGACAUCGUCGUGAACCCCCCGGUGCCAGGAGAGGAGUCCUUUGAACAGUUCAUCAGGGAGAAGGAGUCCGUCCUGGGAAACCUGGCCAAAAAAGCAAAGCUGACGGAAGACCUGUUUAACCAAGUCCCCGGGAUUCACUGCAACCCCUUGCAGGGAGCCAUGUAUGCCUUCCCUCGGAUCUUCAUCCCCGCCAAAGCCGUGGAGGAGGCUCAGGCCCAUAAGAUGGCCCCAGACAUGUUCUACUGCAUGAAGCUGCUGGAGGAGACCGGCAUUUGCGUCGUGCCCGGCAGCGGCUUCGGACAGAGGGAAGGCACCUAUCAUUUCAGGAUGACCAUCCUGCCCCCCGUGGAGAAGCUGAAGACGGUGCUGCAGAAGGUAAAGGACUUCCACAUGCAGUUCCUGGAGAAGUAUGCGUGAACUGGCCGCGGGCCCGGGGGACCCGGUCCUGGGCUUCUCCUCCCGGCCUCUCUCAGAGGCUGCUGGCCGCAUCCGUCAGCAUCCUGCGCAGGAGACGUCUUUCUCUGUGCCUUGACGUUGGGAGCACUUCUCUUCUGAGCAAAUGUGAAUUCACGCUGUCCUGGAGGCCCUGUUUUUUUUGUUUUUUUGUUUUUUGUUUUUUGAUGCAACCAAAGUAGAAGGACUUGCUCAGCAGGUGUGGCUAAGGUUCUCCAAAUGUGUUACUGUUACUGUUCGGGGAGAAGUUCAUCUCGGGUUUUCAACAACCAGAGUGUGUUGGGCGCGAUGAUUCAGAUCCAGAGAAUCGAGCAGGUGUCAGGAAAUGCCUGACUUAACCACAGGAGGACCGGGAAUCUGAGACUCACCCAUGUGAUCCGUGAAAUAAAGCCCUCAGCGGUGCGAAAAUCUAGUCUUUCCAACGGCAGGGGGCCAAGCCCACUCGGCUCAGACAGGAGGCAAAGGCAGGGGCACACGGGUUGGCCUAGAUUGUGGUGGACACUGGGGGAGGCAGCUGAGGUCAGAGGGCUUUCAGGGAGGAGUGGGCACUAGCCGGGCUCCAAGUGGAACCAGGCCUCUGCUGCUGAGCUACAUGACAGGUGGUAAGGACUGUGCCCAGGGACGGCUUUGGGGACGAAGGAUGAAGCAUGCGGAGGCUGGGACCCCUGCCCGAGAGGUUUCCCCAGACUUCAGGGUUCCUGGUACAGCCCAGCAACGCCCCAGGGAGAGGGAUUCCGCCCAGCAGUCAUCCCAGGGGCCAGUUCUCUCCCGGGGACUUGAUGGAGCCUUCACGCCCGUCGCCCCCUGCUGGUGGCAGCAAGGACAAGGAUAGACCGAAAAUGUCCUAAGCCAGGACUUGACCCACUUGACAGUCAAACUCUUGUAGUCCCUGGAAUUGUUUCAAAGUGAAUUCGACCAAUUUUCUGGCUCUCCCUGGAUGAAAGUACCCGGUAGCUGGGCGGCUAGAGAGGAGCAAGUUGUGAUUGGAAGUGUUUUAGCUGGAGGCAAAGUGCUUCGCCUCCACGUUAGCUGCCGGCUCCCCUCCCAGGCGCUGUGCAGUAGCAUCGGUCGUCCCUGUGGGCCUGAAGGGUGUCAUCCACCAAGCACGCAGACCCUCGGCCCACACGCCAAGGGAGCAGGUGCUAUGGGCAGCAGCUGGCUCAGCGGUCUCUUCCUCUUCACCAGGAGCUCUCCCCCAACCCGCCUUCUCCAGUGAGCAGUUAGGGAAACCAAGUCCAGCUCAGGACCCAGCAAGCCUCAGAGUGGAACUGAAGGAGCUGGAGAGGGAAACCUGCAGAGGCCAUGAGAGCGGCCCCGAUGCUGCAGUGUGCACCCUGGGUGCUGGCAGGGGCACGCGCGGGAGGCCUGCAGCAGCCCCUGCUGGCGUUACGGUCCCCAAGAAGAGACCAGCCACAAUCUCCAGUAACAAAAGGGAAUAUUUGGGAACUUUUCCUUCCUUAUAAAAUCGAAGAAAUUGCACUCGUGCUUGUUGUAUGGUACAUGAGCCAGGACGGUCCCAGGGCGGUAAGGUCCCUGGUGGAGAGGUCAGAUAGAAGCUAGUAUAUUUUUUAUAUUUUUGUAACAGUUGCUUUUUUCAUGGGGAGGGGAGGAUGGGUUAGUAUUUAUAGUCUUAACAAGUCUGGUAAUUUUGUAAUAAAUCUCUUCAGAUUAUAAAUAACCCCCUUAAAACUUUGCAACGUUUACAUGAUUUUUUAAAAGAUACCGUCUACCUAUGGUUUGCUUUUAAAAAUAAACGAGUAAUAAAAGGUCAGCUGGUAUUAGAGGUUAACCCGAGGCCAGAAUGCUGACCACAAUAGAUGUGAUUUUCUACACAUUUUAUUCCGGUGCCUUUCCUGUUUGGGCACCCCCCGAGAACGCCGUUUGUGACCUGGGGUCGCACUUUGAAUCUGCCCCUGUGAAGUUGCUGUUCAGCCAGAUGCUGGUGGGGGCGUGCCCUGAGCCUCAGGGCCAGGCUGGGUUCUGUCCCCGUGUGUGGAGUGUGCAGGAGCCGCAGACUCAGGCUGCCCUGUCUGUGGCUGUUUCCCAACCUAGGCUCUCACAGGCAUCUCCCAACAAAGGUACCUAACGAUAGCUGUGCUGGAAAGUUCUAAACAAUAAACUAUGUGUCCAAAGCA